ACCCAUCAUGGCUAAGAUGAUUUCUCACUGUAGUUUUGACUUGAAAACCACCAUAUUUUUGUGGGUGACAAUUUUUUUUGUUUCUAGCUAUAGUAUCAUAGAGGGAAGACGUAUUUCAAGAGAAGAUUACUUGGAAGCAAAAAGAUUAGUGCAGCUUUCCCGUCGACCCAGUGUUAAGAGCAUUAAGGUUGACGAUGGGGAUAUCUUUGAUUGCGUGCUCAUAGAAAAGCAACUUGCUUUUGAACAUCCUGCUCUCAGAAACCAUACAAUUCAGAUGAAACCAACUUCUAUCCCAGAUUGGCCACUGGAGACUGAAGGAUCAAACGAUACAAGUCAAUAUUUAGGACUCAAAGGUGAAGGAUGCCCAAUUGGAUCAGUUCCUGUUCGAAGGGUUCAAAUUCAAGACAUAUUAAGUUCCCCUUCAGUGUCUUCUUUUGGAAGGAAACCUGUCGAUGUAGAAAAACAUAGGUGGGCUGCGGUAGUAAAGAAUGGAGCAUUUAGAGGAACCAAAGCAUCUGUUAAUUUAUGGAAUCCUAAAGUCGACCCCAGCCCCGCAGCUAACCAAUUUAGCCUUUCUCAGUUUUGGGCUAUCAAUACAGGAGACAACUUGCCAUCAGAAACCAUUGAAGCAGGAUGGAUUGUAUAUCCCGGUAUAUAUGGUGAUGUCAAAACUAGGUUCUUUACAUAUUGGACAAGUGAUGGUUAUGACAAGACUGGGUGCUACAAUGUUGUAUGCCCUGGUUUUGUGCAAGUGAACACUAGGGUACCACCUGGUUCUACGUUCAGUGUAAUGUCCAGUUAUGAUGGACCCCAAUUUUAUAUUGAUCUCUCCAUCGUCCAGGACACAACGACAAAGGAUUGGUGGUUAUUCGUUCAGAAAGAAUCCAUAGGGUAUUGGCCACAUUCGCUGUUCAAUCGUUUAACAAGUGCUGGAACAAGUAGGGUUGAUUGGGGAGGUGAGGUUGCUAAUAUAAACAACCUGGGCAAACCAUACCCUCCAAUGGGGAGUGGUCAAUUCCCUCUUGCAACCAAUUUCUAUGGCAAGAGUUGUUCCACUGCGAACAUGAUUUAUCUCGAUCAAGACUUAAAGUGGAAUGAGUAUGCUCUUGAUAGGGUGGUUCAAGAUACUCCUAAUUGCUAUAAGGUAAUUGAUGGUGGGAAGCAAGAUGCAUGGGGAAGAGUUAUCACCUUCGGUGGACCUGGGGGUCAAUGUUGAAGUGUUUUCAAACCCAACUUUAAUGCCCAUUUAUAUUUUAAAUUAAUUCAAGCUGUAAGAAUAAUUAUGUUUCGAAUGAAUAACAUAAGUCUUUUAGAUUAUAUUUAUACAUAAUCUCCCGUUUGACUUGU